AUGCACCAAUGCACCAUACACAUUUAAAAAGAGAAAAAAAAUGAUUCAUUCACAUUUUUCACAUUAAAAGUCAUUCUCACAUAAAUCACGCCGCACGCACACAGUUAUAGGAAGCCAGACUUAGGUGGUUUGGGCACAUUAGGAGGAAGGGUGUUGAAGCCUUUGUCAAGAUGUGUGAAAGGCUUAUGAAGGCAAGGUUAGUCGUGGUAGAGAUAAACCUAGGAAGAGGGGGUGAUUAGGCAGGGCUUACGUCUCCCCGGCAUUAGUCAACUUUUUGUUCAUUACUAAUGUGGUUCUCCCCUCUUCUUUCCCCUCUCUUGGGUCUUGGAUAGUACUUUGUUAGUGUAUAGUAGCUCAUUUGCCCCUAUUUUGUGAGUUGGGGGUCCCUAAUUUGGACUAGGGGUACGGUUUGUGAACACUUACCCUAACAUUGUGCGGGAUUCUACUAGGUUGUUGUAUAUGUGGGGGAGUGUGUACAUGCCCACUGCAAACCAAGUAUGAAGAAUUUAAACGGGGCACCAAUAAAAAUAUAUGAUUCAUAAAAUUAUAAAUCACUCCACAUCCAAAAGUUGUAUUUCAAACAAUUUCUUUUUUUAUCUUUUGCUUGGAUAAAAUACAGUUGUCGAGGUGGUAUGGAACAAUAGAACAGAGAGCUUUUCUAGAAAAUAAAACCUUUCUUUGCGCAGAUUCUCGACUUGGUCUGAACUGAGAUUAGUAACAUUGUCAAGAAGAUCAUUUGAAAUAGAAAUUAAUUUGUCCUUCGAAUCCUGCAAAUGAGUUGGCUCCUCCGGACAAAGUCCAAGCUGGCCAUUUGCCCCCAAGUGGAGAUUUAAAAUCAUGGCCGGAAACCGGCCGAGGUGGGCGGCUGGCUCUUGCAACCAUCUUUGGUUUAGUGACGGGAGCAUACUCUAAAACGAAGGAACAAUGGACGAUUGUGGUGGAUAUGGCUGACCAAGGAAAAAAGCUUCGCAAUUGGCUAACUGCACGAUCCGCACAACCCAGCGCUGCACCACCACCACCCAACCCCCAAGAAAUUCUCGCUGCCGUGUUUGGCCGCCGAGCUCGCCCAGUUCCGGCCGGAGAUCGCAGAGGAUCUUUCGGACAAGCAGUUGAGUUACGGUCAGAAUUUCAACGUGCACAUCAAUUUGGAGGCCGACGUGGGCGUGGAGGACAUUAAGGUCACCAUGUACCCGCCGCCGUUCACCACUCACGGCUUCUCUCAGGGCCAGAGAUUGCUUAUUUUGGGGCUCAAUGAAGUUAGAAACAAGGUUAUCUCCGCCUGGAUACUACUUGCUCUUCGUCGUGCACCGUGGCGUGCCUAGCAAAGGAAUGUGGGUGCAAAUCCAAUAGAAAUCUAUUAAUGUCAAGUAGCCUAAUGUAUUCUUUUGGGACUUAUUUUUUGUUGCUACAAAAGGUUAAAUA